GGCCCCACCCGCCGGCCGCGGGGCGCGCCCGCCAUGUCCUACCCGCAGUUUGGGUACCCCUACUCCUCGGCACCCCAGUUCCUGAUGACCACCAACUCCCUGAGCACGUGCUGCGAGUCCGGUGGCCGCACGCUGGCCGACUCGGGGCCCGCCGCCCCCGCCCAGGCGCCGGUCUACUGCCCGGUCUACGAGAGCCGGCUGCUGGCCACGGCGCGCCACGAGCUCAACUCGGCCGCGGCGCUCGGCGUCUACGGGGCCCCCUACGGCGGCUCGCAGGGCUACGGCAACUACGUGACCUACGGCUCCGAGGCGUCCGCCUUCUACUCGCUGAACAGCUUCGAGGCCAAGGAGGCAGCGGGGUCCGCCCACACCGGCCUGGCGCCCGCGGCGGCCACUGCCUACUACCCGUAUGAGCCUGCGCUGGGCCAGUACCCCUACGACAGGUACGGGACCAUGGACAGCGGCACGCGGCGCAAGAAUGCCACGCGGGAGACCACCAGCACGCUCAAGGCCUGGCUGCAGGAGCACCGCAAGAACCCCUACCCCACCAAGGGCGAGAAGAUCAUGCUGGCCAUCAUCACCAAGAUGACCCUCACGCAGGUGUCCACCUGGUUCGCCAACGCCCGCCGGCGCCUCAAGAAGGAGAACAAGGUGACCUGGGCCCCAAGGAACAAGUGCGCAGAGGAGAAGCGGCCCUUCGGGGAGGGCGAGGAAGAGGAAGGGGCCGAGGAGGAGGCCCGGGAGGAGCCCCUGAGCGGCGCCACGCACGAAGAGGCAUCCGGCGAAGAGGAGAAGGAGCUAGAGCUCAGUGACUUGGAGGACUUGGGCGCCCUGGGGGCGGAGCCCCCCGAGUGUGAGCUGAAGCCCCCUUGCCAGCCCCUGCGCAGCAGCCUGGACAGCCUGGAGCGGGGCCCCGGCGGCCCCGGCUGGGGGCUGAGCCCCUCACUCGCGCUGGGCAGUAACGCCGUCUCAGAAGCCAUUGACCUGGGCCCGUCCAGGCCCUCACUGGCCCGUCCAGGCCGGCCCGCCGCAGGUCGCUCCAGCCACUGCCCCCGCCUCGUGACACCCCGCGUCCUGGGGGAGCAGAGCCCCCCGGGCUGGGGGCCGGCUGGGUCCUCGCUUCAUCCCACCCGGCUGUACGGUUUCCGUCUCAUGUGCUCGCACGUGCGGGCCCGGACCAAGAAGGCGCGUGUGGCCCUGUCCAUCCGGCCGGCCCCUCCAGAGCCACAGUCAUUUGCACAGAAAACAAAGCUCAAAUGUGGGGAGCAGAGCCGCCCAGGGGCCCUGCAGGGCGCGCCUGCCAGCGGCUAG